AUGAAUCCCGGCGCCAAGGUCAAGACUGGACAGUCCAGCCAAGGGGCUGCGCCCCAGCGCACGAGGAAGAUCCUUGUGCUGGAUCCAUCUGGAGACCAGUACUACUGGUGGCUCAACAUCAUGGUCUUCCCGAUCAUGUACAACCUCAUCAUUCUCAUCUGCAGGGCCUGCUUCCCGGACCUGCAGCACCAAUACCUGGUACUUUGGCUAGUGCUGGACUACACGUCUGACCUGCUCUAUCUGCUGGACAUCGGUGUGCGUUUCCACACAGGAUUCCUGGAUCAGGGCAUCCUGGUCCUGGACCGGGGUCAGAUCGCCCGGCGGUACGUCCGCACGGCCGGCUUCCUGUGGGACCUGCUGUCCGCGCUGCCCACCGACCUGGCCUACCUGCGGCUGGGCCCCCACACGCCAGCCCUCCGCACGAACCGCUUCCUGAGGGUCCCCCGGCUCUUCGAGGCGUUCGACCGGACGGAGACGCGCACCGCCCACCCCAACGCCUUCCGCAUCGCCAAGCUCAUGCUCUACAUCUUCGUGGUCAUCCACUGGAACAGCUGCCUCUACUUCGCGCUCUCCCGCUUCCUGGGCUUCGGCCGCGACGCCUGGGUCUACCCCGACCCCGCGCGGCCCGGCUUCGAGCGUCUGCGUCGCCAGUACCUGUACAGCUUCUACUUCUCCACGCUGAUCCUGACCACCGUGGGCGACACCCCGCUGCCCGCCCGCGAGGAGGAGUACCUCUUCAUGGUGGGCGACUUCCUGCUGGCCGUCAUGGGCUUCGCCACCAUCAUGGGCAGCAUGAGCUCGGUCAUCUACAACAUGAACACGGCCGAUGCCGCUUUCUACCCCGACCACGCCCUUGUCAAGAAGUACAUGAAGCUGCAGCACGUCAACCAUAAGCUGGAGCGGCGAGUCAUUGACUGGUACCAGCACUUGCAGAUCAACAAAAAGAUGACCAACGAGGUGGACAUUCUGCAGAAUCUGCCGGAGCGGCUGAGGGCGGAGGUGGCCGUGUCGGUCCACAUGCCCACGCUGAGCAAGGUCCAGAUCUUCCAGAGCUGCGAGCAGAGCCUCCUGGAGGAGCUGGUCCUCAAACUGCAGCCCCAGAUCUACUCACCCGGCGAGUACGUGUGCAAGAAGGGCGACAUCGGCCGCGAGAUGUAUAUCAUUCGGGAGGGCCAGCUGGCCGUGGUGGCCGACGACGGCGUCACCCAGUAUGCCGUGUUGGGGGCUGGCCUCUACUUUGGCGAGAUCAGCAUCAUCAACAUCAAAGGAAACAUGUCCGGGAACCGGCGGACGGCCAACAUCAAGAGCCUCGGCUACUCGGACCUGUUCUGCCUGAGCAAAGAGGACCUGCGGGAGGUGCUGAGCGAGUACCCGACGGCCAAGGCCCUCAUAGAGGAGAAGGGCCGGGAGAUCCUGCUCAAGAUGAACAAGCUAGACGUGAACGCCGAGGCGGCCGAGAUCGCACGGCAGGAGGCCGUGGCCGGCCGGGUGCAGGGGCUGGAGGACCAGCUGGACUCGCUUCAGACCAAGUUCGCCCGCCUGCUGGCUGAGCUGGAGUCCGGUGCCCUGAAGAUGGACAUCCGGGUGGAGAGGCUCGAGUGGCAGGCUCGAGCGUGGCUGGGGGCUGAGGUCGACGGGGAGGACGCCGACCCCUGA